CAUAGUCCCUGAGCCUACAGAGAAGACCCUUCAUGUUCAACUUCUUGCUCUAAGACGGAAUUACCGUACAAGAUCUCUCUACCUAAAAUAUUGCCUCCUGGUGGUGACAUCAUGGCUAACACACACAAUGUGACAGAAUUUAUUUUUUUGGGACUUUCUCCCGAUCUGAAGGUGCAGAAAGUCUGCUUUGUGAUAUUUCUGCUCUUGUACACAGCCAUUGUGCUGGGGAAUUUCAUCAUUGUGCUCACCGUCAUGACCAGCAGAAGCCUCGGCUCCCCCAUGUACUUCUUCCUCAGCUCCCUGUCCUUUGUGGAGAUCUGCUACUCCUCUACUACAACCCCCAAACUCAUCUCAGAUUUGCUGGCUGACAGAAAAGCUAUAUCUCUGUGGGGCUGCAUGUCACAGGUUUUCUUCAUCCACUUCUUUGCCGGCACUGAGAUGUUCUUGCUCACUGUGAUGGCCUAUGACCGCUACGUGGCCAUCUUCAAGCCCCUCAACUAUGCCACCAUCAUGAACGGGCAGGUGUGUGCCUUCCUGGUGGGAGUAGCAGGCGCAGGGGCCUUUGUGCAUUCCUCGACCCAAAUCCUCCUCAUUUUCCGCCUGCCCUUCUGUGGCCCCAAUGUGAUUGAUCACUACUUCUGUGAUGUAUUUCCCCUGCUCAAACUUGCCUGCUCUGACACUUUCCUGAUUGGUCUGCUGAUGGUUGCCAAUGGGGGGACCCUGACUGUGGUCAGCUUCCUGGUCCUCUUAGCCUCCUAUGUAGUCAUCUUGCUCCAUCUGAGGACUCAAAGCUCUGAGGGGCGGCGCAAGGCCCUCUCCACCUGUGGGUCCCACAUCGCCGUGGUUACCCUGUUCUUUGGGCCCUGCCUCUUCAUCUAUCUGAGGCCUUCCACCAUCCUGCCUGUGGACAAGGUGGUAGCUGUGUUCUACACAGUGAUCACCCCACUCCUGAACCCUGUCAUCUACUCCUUGAGAAAUGCUGAGAUGAAGAAAGCCGUGAAGAGGCUGUGGAUCAGGACAGUGAAACUAGAGGAGAAAUAGAGUCUGAGUCUUGGUGUUGAUCCUUGGGUUUAGAAUGAUGUUGAGUCCAAACUGAAGGGACAGAGUGGGAUGAAAGACAGAUGCCAGGACUUGUUUAUUCUAGAAUUUUUCUAACGGGUUCCCAUUUUCAACAGCUUCACUGUAAUCACUUGCCAAAUAUUUUCUCUUAUUAUUACUUGACUAACCAUUUUUAUGAUAGAUGUUUAGAUUUUUUUAUGAUUUUUUUAUUACUAUAAGUAACAAUGGGCUAAGUUUCUUUAAUGGAAAUCCUUAAAUAUUUUUAAAGCUCCUUUGCUAUCGUACAUUUACUGUGUUAAAAUUUACAGUAAAUUUUGAUGCGUGGUGUUAAAUCAAUUCUCAGAGUGGUUGUAAUCCAACACUGCCAUUAAACUCUUUUUUUUU